UACGCGCAGUUAUAGUGCGAGUUGACUAAACACGAGCCGGUUGAUUAUUGCGUACGAGGAUUAAGGCGGUACAGUGUGCUGACAGGACACUUAACGGGAUCCAUUAAAUUAUUCGCAGCACGUGUUGAAUACUUUUAAUCAGCUACUUGCAAGGCUGCAUCACUGCAUAGACUAACACGCCCACACUUGUUUAAAUGCCAACAUGCCCAAGUCCAAAAUACUUACGCGCCGUAGCGAUAUGGACGAAAAGGAUUCGCUUUCUAUAAUGGACAGCUUGUGCGCCCCAAAUGUGUGCUAUGGACAUGAUGAAACGAUCGAUCUCGGCAGCGAAUUGGAGACGCCAACUGGUGAUGGUGCUGGUGGCGGUGAACGCGAGAAAUGGAGUCGCGAAAUAGAGUUUCUCUUCUCGUGCAUUGCUCUCUCUGUCGGGCUGGGCAAUGUGUGGCGAUUUCCAUUCAUAGCAUUAGAGAAUGGUGGUGGCGCCUUCGUGAUACCCUACGUUAUUGUAUUGCUACUCAUUGGUCGACCCGUCUAUUAUAUGGAGGUACUGAUCGGACAAUUCGCCAGUCGUGGCGCGUUGGGCGUAUUCGAUAUGGCGCCAAUUAUGAAAGGCAUCGCGUAUGGACAGGUUUAUGCGACAGCGUUGGCGACCACUUAUUACGCCGCCAUUAUGGCAUUAACCAUCAAAUACUUAAUUGCUUCAUUUGCUGAAAUACUACCCUGGGCCACAUGUCUACCGGAAUGGGACGACAAUUGUGUAUCAAUUACAAGCUAUAAUUCCAGUGCGUUUGACAAUACUACAGAGGGAAAGCUCAUCUCUUCAGCCGAAUUGUAUUUCACCAAGGUGGUGCUGCGCGAGAAGGACAAUAUCGAAGACGGCAUUGGCGCGCCGAAUACGGAUUUGGUGAUCUACUUAUUCCUUGUCUGGGUGAUGAUUGCGACAACGCUCAUUAAAGGUAUUCACAGCUCCGGGAAAGCCUCGUAUUUUCUGGCUUUAUUUCCUUAUGUCAUACUAUUUAUUUUGCUUGGACGUGCUUUAACUUUGCCCGGCGCCUGGGACGGUAUAGUUUAUUUCUUGAAACCGCAAUGGGAUCAGCUGCUGAAUGCAGAUGUUUGGUAUGCCGCGAUCACCCAAAUGUUCUUCUCGCUGGCGAUCUGUUUUGGCACAUUGAUCAUGUAUGCUUCGUUCAAUAACUUUCACAAGCGAGUGCACAAAGACGUCAUAAUCGUAACUACAAUAGAUUCCUGCACCUCAAUACUCGCUGGCUGCGUCAUCUUCGGCAUACUUGGCAAUCUUACGCUGGAAACGAAUACCACAGACAUAUCGAAAGUGGUGAAAGGAGGCGCCGGGUUAGCCUUCAUCUCAUAUCCCGAAGCUAUAGCGAAGUUUAAAUUGUUACCACAGUUAUUUGCGGUGCUCUUCUUCUUCAUGCUGUUCGUGUUAGGUAUUGGCAGCAAUAUCGGCAUGUCUUCCUGCGUGAUAACGGUAUUCAAAGAUCGUUUCAAUCACCUGCCACAAUGGGUGAUAACAAUCGGCUUUUCAAUAUGCAGUUUUCUAUGCGGAAUCAUCUAUACAACACCUGGUGGACAGUUUCUGCUCAACUUAGUCGACUUCUUUGGCUGCUCAUUUAUAGCCUUAUUUUUGGCUAUUGGAGAGAUUGUUACUAUAUCAUGGAUUUAUGGUGUCAAACGCUUCUGUAAGGACAUUGAAUUCAUGUGUGAUCUCAAGACUGGCAUAUAUUGGCGUCUCUGCUGGGCCAUUUUCACGCCUGGUCUUAUGUUUCUUGUGCUCGUCUACACAUUGGUUACUUACAAACCACUCGAAUAUAAUGAUGUCGCAUAUCCAGAUUAUAUUAUGAAUAUGGCUUGGCUCUUGUGGUUCAUUGGUGUUGGUCAAUUGCCUUUCUGGGCAUUAUACACGGUCUCCAAGCAGCCGGGUGGUACGCUUAAAGAGAAAUUCCGUCAAGCCAUACAACCCGAGUCCAGUUGGGGUCCAGCGUCACCAGACAAAUAUGAAAAGUAUUUACUAUUUAUGAAAAACUCAGAGGCGAUACCGGAUGAUAAUUGGACGACGCGCAUCUAUGAUAAUAUUUUCGGUUAAUUUUAAGUGAAAAUCAGCAUUAAGUACUUAAAGCGCCUAUUUAAGCAUCCAUUUUUAUACUUACACUGCUUUUUGUGUGCGAAAAAAUUACAAAAUAUUUUCUAGCUUUAAAUUUAUUUUCAUAGUUGGUUUUAGCUUAGU